GGGCUGGACGGGGCGCGCACGCGCAGGCGGCGGCCGUGCUUGGCCGAUCCUUGCGAGGCGUCUGUCACAUGAGCCGCGCGCCUGCUCCGCUCCCCCUCCUCCCGGCUGGGCUGUGAAUGAAGCUCUGCAGGCUACGUGGGGCGCUAGCUCAACUUAGUGUCCUGGACGCCAGAGCUGACUGAGCGCUCGGCCCGCCGGCGGCGGGCACGGACUCUGCCGCUCCGGACCUCGGCGACAGAGCAAAUCAGUUUCCAGGAGUGCCAAGUGAAGUUGUACGUGUGCCCAUGUGAUAACGUCAGUGUAAGCUACCCCGAAUAAGUGAGGGAAAUCCAGAAGUGUGGAGUACAAAAAGCCAGUUCUUGGCUUGAGCAUCUUGCAGAAAACAAGACGACACAGCUGCUGUUCCAUCUACAUCCCAGUCGAGUCUCCCUACAAAACUGGGGGGUCCGGGAAACUCUGAGCCUGUGACCCCAGCGUGGGAGAGAAUAGGAUCAAGAUGGCCACGUGGCAGGGAGCCAUGGAUAACAGAGGCUUUCAGCAGGGGAGUUUCAAUAGCUUCCAGAGCAGCUCCAGUGAUGAGGACUUGAUGGACAUACCAGGGACAGCUAUGGAUUUCUCCAUGAGAGAUGAUGUUCCUCCCUUAGAUGGAGAAAUAGAAGAGGACAAGUCAUACAAUGGUGGAGGAAUAGGUUCUUCAAAUAGGAUGAUGGACUUCUUGGAGGAGCCAAUCCCUGGUGUGGGGACCUAUGAUGAUUUCAAUACAAUUGAUUGGGUGAGAGAGAAGUCUCGAGACCGGGAUAGGCACCGAGAGAUUACCAAUAAAAGCAAGGAGUCAACAUGGGCCUUAAUUCACAGUGUGAGCGAUGCUUUUUCUGGCUGGUUGUUGAUGCUACUUAUUGGGCUUUUAUCAGGUUCCCUAGCUGGCUUGAUAGACAUCUCUGCUCACUGGAUGACAGACUUAAAAGAAGGUAUAUGCACAGGGGGAAUCUGGUUUAACCAUGAACACUGUUGCUGGAACUCCCAGCACGUCACCUUUGAAGACAGAGACAAAUGCCCAGAGUGGAAUAGCUGGUCCCAGCUUAUCAUCAGCACGAAUGAGGGAGCCUUUGCUUACAUAGUCAAUUACUUCAUGUAUGUCCUCUGGGCUCUCCUAUUUGCCUUCCUUGCCGUAUCUCUUGUCAAGGUGUUCGCACCGUACGCCUGUGGCUCCGGAAUCCCUGAGAUAAAAACUAUCUUGAGUGGUUUCAUUAUUAGGGGCUAUUUGGGUAAGUGGACCCUGAUUAUCAAAACCAUAACACUGGUGCUGGCAGUGUCAUCUGGCCUGAGCUUGGGCAAAGAGGGCCCCCUAGUGCACGUGGCUUGCUGCUGUGGGAACAUCCUGUGCCACUGCUUCAACAAAUACAGGAAGAAUGAAGCCAAACGCAGAGAGGUCUUGUCAGCUGCAGCUGCAGCCGGUGUAUCUGUAGCCUUUGGGGCACCUAUUGGCGGAGUAUUAUUCAGCCUAGAAGAGGUCAGCUACUACUUUCCCCUCAAAACACUGUGGCGUUCGUUUUUUGCUGCUUUAGUGGCAGCAUUCACUCUACGCUCCAUCAAUCCGUUUGGGAAUAGCCGCCUGGUUCUAUUUUAUGUGGAGUUUCAUACCCCGUGGCAUCUCUUUGAGCUCGUGCCCUUCAUUCUGUUGGGCAUAUUUGGUGGUCUGUGGGGAGCUUUGUUUAUCCGCGCCAACAUCGCCUGGUGUCGGAAGCGUAAGACCACCCAGUUGGGCAAGUAUCCUGUCAUAGAGGUACUUGUCAUGACGGCCAUCACUGCCAUCCUGGCUUUCCCCAAUGAGUACACCCGUAUGAGCACAAGUGAGCUCAUUUCUGAGCUGUUCAAUGACUGUGGCCUUCUGGACUCCUCUAAGCUCUGUGAUUAUGAGAACCGUUUCAACACAAGCAAGGCGGGUGAGCUGCCCGACAGACCGGCUGGUGUGGGAGUCUACAGCGCAAUGUGGCAGCUGGCCUUGACACUCAUACUGAAAAUUGUCAUCACUAUAUUCACCUUUGGCAUGAAGAUCCCUUCUGGCCUCUUUAUCCCUAGCAUGGCUGUUGGUGCUAUAGCGGGUCGGCUUUUGGGAGUAGGGAUGGAACAGCUGGCUUAUUACCACCAUGACUGGGCCAUCUUCAAUAGCUGGUGCAGUCAAGGAGCGGAUUGUAUCACCCCUGGCCUUUAUGCAAUGGUUGGGGCUGCAGCCUGCUUGGGCGGGGUGACUCGGAUGACUGUUUCUCUUGUUGUCAUAAUGUUUGAACUAACUGGUGGCUUGGAAUACAUUGUGCCUCUGAUGGCCGCAGCCAUGACAAGCAAGUGGGUGGCAGAUGCUCUUGGGCGGGAGGGCAUCUAUGAUGCCCACAUCCGUCUCAAUGGAUACCCCUUUCUUGAAGCCAAAGAAGAGUUUGCUCACAAGACCCUGGCAAUGGAUGUGAUGAAACCCCGGAGAAAUGAUCCUUUGUUGACUGUCCUUACUCAGGACAGUAUGACCGUGGAAGACGUAGAGACCAUAAUCAGUGAAACCACUUACAGUGGCUUCCCAGUUGUGGUGUCCCGGGAGUCCCAAAGACUUGUGGGUUUUGUCCUCCGAAGAGACCUCAUUAUUUCAAUUGAAAAUGCUCGAAAAAAACAGGAUGGAGUUGUGAGCACUUCUGUCAUUUAUUUCACCGAGCAUUCUCCUCCAGUGCCACCAUACACCCCACCUACCCUCAAGCUUCGGAACAUCCUGGAUCUCAGCCCCUUCACUGUGACUGACCUUACACCCAUGGAGAUCGUGGUAGAUAUCUUCCGCAAGCUGGGACUGCGGCAGUGCCUGGUUACACACAAUGGGCGAUUGCUUGGAAUCAUUACCAAAAAGGAUGUGCUAAAGCAUAUAGCACAGAUGGCGAACCAAGAUCCUGAUUCCAUUCUCUUCAACUAGAAUCACAGGGUUGUACUGGAUAUAAAACAGGAAGGACAUUGCAGACCAUGGAUAUAUUUUAUUAACUGGGUACCCAAAAAACAUUUCCCACAUUUGGAUGGUGAAGUUAUAUUAGUGUGUUGUCUCUUUCCUACAAGUUAACCAGUUGCACUACAUAAUCUCUGGAAAUUAAUCUUCUCUUUAGGAGAAAAUUCAGUUAGGCUUCUGUGAUAUUGCAUUAGGAAGAUUUCAUGAAAGAGUAAACAAGAUUGCUAUGGUUUAAUUCUUUUUCUUUCUUUUUCUAAAGAUUUUUUUAAUUUAAAACAUAAAUGUUAGCCAAUAUGCAAUCACUGAAAACUAUGCAAGAAAAAUUCCAACCGUCCUGACCUAUAGCCUGCAGGAAGCUCAUGAAAAAGUCACUUUUUUGGACUCUGUCAUUGGUGGAAGAUGAAGUGUAAACCAGGGACUUUGCUUUUCCAACCACAGAAAGGAAAGCCAGAAGGAAAAUAGUAAUGGUAUUUUCCAGACUGUGAAUUCAGUUCAAAUGUUAUCUUGUUCUUGUUACAAUAUUUAGCAUUAUUAGUUUAUGUGUGUGUAUGUGUAUGUUAAUUUUAAUAUCUGAUUAUAAGACAAUGCUGCUUUGGUUAAUCUCCUCUAAAUGAAUGUAGAGAGGUUGACUUUUAUAGCUUGCUUGUUCCUGGUACUCUUUUGAAGUGCACAAAAGAUAAGUUAUAGAAUUUUCUCCUUGUCUGCAAAAAGGGUAAUUUUCCAGAUGGCCUUUGUUAGCUAGUAGACAAGGACUUUGCCAUGAAUUUGUUAGUAGCAAGGAAUGAUUUCUCCAUGAAUUUGUUAGUAGCAAGGGAUGAUUUCUCCAUGAAUUUGUUAGUAGCAAGGAAUGAUUUCUCCAUCUUCCUUGAAACGAAUGAUUAGUAAAGUUCUAAGCAAAGUCAAUGACCAGGACUUUCACAUUUUUGUGAGGUCCCAACUCUUACCCAGAUGCCACCUCCAUGAGUGAUGGUGCUUUUGGCUUCUGGAAUAUGUAAGAAUAGUAAAGGGAACCAAGUCUAGACUUCAUACUGGUAAACCAGGGAAGAUCCCGAGCUGUAUCUGCGUUCUCAUGCAUUCCUUCAUAACAACCACCAGUACUAAAAUGACUGGGCACUCAUGCCUCCUCCCAGUGUUAAGUACAUAUAUAUAACAGGCCAGUGUUGUCCCCGUGAUCAUGAAUUUAGGCUUGGGGUACUUUCAGGUAUAUUCAAGGCAUUGGAACAGGAUAGGCAGCUGUGACUCCCUUGAGGCUCCUUAGAAUUCUAAAUAAAAUGCAGAACCAUCCUGAGACCCAGGGGUGUGGACAAGGCUUGGUGACACCAAAGGUGCUUGUAUACAACUGAAAAGGUGCCUGUCUCAAUUUCCUACCACCUUUACUGCAGUAGAAAACAUCACACUCUAGGGACACCUGGUGGAGUUACAGAGCCACCAUCAUCGUUCCAACUACUGUUUCGUUUUCUACAGUUUUACCCCCCGUGCCGUUGUUCCCCCUCCAUUCUCCCUUUCCCACGCCUCAGUCCUGAGUCCUGUCUUUGGAAUUGAGUAGUGUGCCCGGUUAAUCAUUCCUGUUACAAAAAAAAUAACUCCCAGGGCUAGUUAAAUUGUAAACCCAGCCUCUACAAUCUUACAGCCUAAGGACCAGAGGUGACGCACAACCACUUGCUUUGCUCUAUAGCCCAGUAGCUCCAUUUCCACGCUGACGCCCACAGCAGUGAGACUCAAAUGCUAGGGGUAGGAGUUGAGCCUUUCCCAUUUUACAAGUCUGUUCCCAGCGCUUCCCACCAUCCUUCUAGCCUAGAAUCAGCAGUCACGCGGCACAGCCUCUCCUCCCACUCCAAGCACCUCAGCGUACCUCAUUUUAAAAGUUGCCAAUCUCCAAUUCUAGGACUUUUUACCCCUAGUUUCUUAUCUUUCCAAAAUCUGAAAUUCUUUUAUUGCCUAGAACUGGAGAGCCAAGGCUUAUUUUGAUUUUUAUCUCUAAAAUAUCAAGGCAGUCACCAGAGUUUCUCCUUUUAAGUAUAUCACUCUAGCAUUUUAAUGAAAAAGACAAAAACCUCCCUAGGUUAUAUUAUAUUAUAGUCACGACUCAGUAACUUCACGUCUUUUGUCCCUUCUGUACCACUGAUUCCCUCACACGAGAUGAGGCUAUUUGCCUGACCACCGCGUCUGUUGUGCACAAAUCAAAGUUCUUAUGUGUGUACUUCUAGUUCACUACCUGUCUUUUCUUAUCAGCCGUCCAACUAAAGUUUGCAAAACAGGAAAUGUUAGUAUUUCUGGUAUUUGAUGAUGGUGAAAGGCUUGGUCGCAUUUCAUAGUACAGCAGUGAUAUGGAGGGUGUCUAAGUUUGCCUUUGUGUUUCUUCUAGGCUCUGUUUUUGAUUUGAGACAGAUGAGCCAGUGUUCAGGUGCUACUUCAGAGAAUAAAUUCAAGAAAUCAGAUAACACUGUGCCAAGGUAUACUUUCUAGAUACUAAGCACCGAUUGGCCCUCCAGAGAAUAAUAUCCCUUUGAUACCUCACUCCUGAUAAAUCUCAUUCAUUAACCUCAGCUUCUCAGGAAUCCUUGUAACUCAUAUGCUAGAAGUAGCUGUAGUGUAUGGUAUCCAUUAUAUGUCCAGUCCGAUGGUUUGGCUCCAAGUUUGGCUAAUUGUGGUAGAGCUCUCUGCUAGACUGCUAGCUCAGCACCUUAACACUCAGAGUUUCUUGUCUUGAGGCAAAGGAAAAUGUUCUUUCUGCCAUUGCCAAUUCAGCAGUUGGACAUACUUAAACCAACAAAGCUGAUAUAGGGGGGUCUGUCAGUAAUCUCAAAUAGCCACAUACCUCAAUGGCAAAAGACUGGAUAAUCUGUGAUUUAAAAAUUAGUAUGAGCCGAGACCAGUCGAUUCUGGUAAUAAGAAAGAAAGUUUCCCGACACACGGAAAGGAUUUACAAAAGAAUGCCAAUAAGUGCUUCGAGAGAGUGAGUUAGGCCUUUCCAAGGCAAAAUAUCUGGUAGGCAUCCAGGCCACGAAAGGAAUGAAAGUCUAUGGAUUUGUAAAAGUCUAACUGCUAUAUUUUGUAUCUUCAGAUCUGUGAUGUAAAGAAUUAAAGAAGCCGAAAUAGUUAAGGCAUGAUUAGUUAUGCCAUUGGCAGAAGCAGGGGACUGAACAAGCAAAAUAAUGGCUACUUUUAAGAUCACUUCUAUUUGGAUGUAUGUUCAGACACUCCCCCUCUUUUCUGGCUCUGGUGUCCUUCAGGCUCAGCCCAGCUGUGGAGUAGAGGUGGUAUAAUCCACAGAGCAGAUAUCCUCUGGUGGAUAAUCUGACAUUGAUGGUACUUUGGAUUUGCCAGCUGGCAGAGCAGUCGAUUAAUUUGCUGAUGGAACUGCAAAGCAGUUCCAUUGUUUUGGCACCAGAGGCUGAAUCUGAACCCUUUACAGGAAGAGCAGAGAAGAAGCAUAAAUGUCUCUAGCAAGUCUUCAAUUGUGCUUGAACACGAGAAUAAUAAAGUAAUGGGGACUUUGUGUGGUCUAAGGCUGUGAAGUAAUUCUUAACUAUGAAUUUAUGAACCCAUUCAGGUGUUGGGGGAGCAAAUAUGUUUUUUAAAACAGUGUGCAAGAGAGUCGAUCAGGGAAUGUAAUCACUGCUGUAUGUUUUAAGUAUUUGGAUCACCUGUCCUGGUUGGAUCCUGACCUUGAUUUGUUUAGUUAGGUGAUGAGUAGGAAGGUGUACUUGUUACCCCACAGUAUCUCUUGGUUUUGUUUUUUAAUAAAUCACAAGGAGUGCAGUUUUUGAAGUUGAGUUUUUAAUAAAUAAUAGUGAAAACAAUUGAAAAUUUGACAUGACCAGUGUGUUUUAUAUUGCCAGAGUACUUACUGAUGACUGACCACAUUGUAUUGUGAGGAACUGGUUUACUUUCACUGGAUUAGAGCCAAACGCAGGCCACUCAUCUGUUCAGAGAAAGCAGGAGAGCAUCUUUCAUGGUGGUGCAUAGAGUAUUGAGCUCUUAAAAACUCUGAGAAAAAUUAGGAGUUCAGAAAGUAAAGGGGAGGUGAAAUAUUGAGUCCUUAAAAAAAAGAUGUCUAAAUAUGUGGUCUGAACUUCAGUGUCCUAUGACCUUGAUUUUUUUUUUUAACCACCUCUGGGAUAACCUGGAUUCCCUUUGGAGAGAGAAUGGAAAGUUAUGGCAGUGGAAAAACCCUAGUAAGCAAGUAUACGAGUUCUUGUAAGAUGGUGGGAGGAAGGCCAUUCCAUGCCCCAAGCCAAACACCCCAACAUUUAUAAACUGCUUGAUCAUGUGCCUCAAGGAGAGAAAAUUUUUUGUAGUCUCCCAAAGACCAAGCAACCAAGAGGCUCAAAGCAGCAUUUGGUGGAGGCAGUCUACUUUUGUGGAGAGGGCUGACCCAAGACCAGACCUCUUGCGGAGGAGGACAGCUUCUACUGCCAUUGCCUAAGUGAUAAGCUUUAGGUAGCUUAUGUUGAAUUCUGAUAGCAAAAUAUUUUAAAAGUCUAUAUUGUUAGCCUCCCUGGUAGGUACUUAUUGUAGAUUAAAAAGAAAAAAGUGAGGAUUUCUCAGAGCUCAGGGAGCUAUGUAAAUUUGAACUGAAGUUGGUCUGGUGGACCUGUGGUAACCACUGAGCUGUGCUCAGCCUCAAUUUUGGUUGCUUGCCCCAAGGGGAGGAGUUCCUGGACUAGUAGGUGUUAGCAACUUCAAGUUACUCCCUAAAUGUUUGCUGGUCACAGUCUCAUUUCUAAACAUCUGCAUCUCGGCAAAGUUUUGAAGUGACGUAGGGAGCAAAAUCGGUUUUUCCACCUUGUAGUCUGAUUUUGCCAAAUCACCCAAGAAAGAAAGAAGGUCUGUGAUGUGCGGAGUUUGUGUUUCUUGGAUGGGACCUAUCAGGUCAUCCAGCCCAAUCCCGCAGUCAUAAAUUCCUACCUCUAAGUUCCUGCCAAAGGGUCUUCAGCCUCUGGGUGCACACUCAUUGAAUGAAUGCCUUGCCUAAAGUUUGGCCUUUUAAGGGGAAAAAAGUGUGUGAUGGUAUAAAAAUAUGAGGGUUUAAAUAAAUGAUCUCUGCCUCUCCUCCUCUUUCCUCCCCACCCCUGCCUCUCUGUCUCUCUCUCCUCACCCCAAUACCCUGAAUUCAAAAUUUUCUCAGUUACUCUUAAGUGUAUUGUUUUGAAUGUGGACCUUGGGGAGGGAGAGGAUAGUUCUGAGAGUAGAGAAUGGAAGAUACUUCUGAGUUGAUGGGGCCAGUGGGGCUUUGCUCCACUGUAGGGGCUAAAGCCAAUGGUAUCUGUUGGCGGUGUCCAGGGCUUUAGCAUCUUAAUGCAGACAUGUGAAGUAUUCAUUGCUAAACCUUCUUAUCAUCUAAUGGGUCCAAAUCUGUUGAAAGUCAGAGGUGGUCUAGGGUUUGAUGAGUGAAAUGCCACCUGGCAGAAUGGAGAUGAGGGAAUGGCCUGAGAUGGUUUUGUCAGGGUAGGAAUGUUUAGCCUCAUUAUCUUAUUGAGUGUACCUCAAAUAUAUGGUCCUUCAAGAGUGCUCCUUUUCCCUCCUCCAUUUCACUUUAUCCUUUCUCUCUCUUUCCCAUUGUCCUGCCUUUUUAGCACUCAGAUUUUAAUAAAUAUUUACUUUUUAUUAUAUAUUUGGUCCCUUGGGACUAUAUAAUGAUUAAGAAUUAAUUUCAUUCUAGGUAAAAAAUGACGUGUUUAAUAUUUUGUUCUUUUAAACUGUCUUUUGAAGCUAUGCUGCUAACCAGGUACAGGCCAGAAAGGAGUUGGGCUUGACGGACAGCACCCUGGUCAUGUCACCUAAGGAUGCCAUUGAUGUAAUGAUGGUGACUCUUCUUCAUGUGACCAAGGCCAGCCUCCUGCUCUUACCUCUGUCCAUUCAUUUCUGGCUGUGGGAAAAAUACCACCUGUCGGGUGAGCCAGUGAGGCCAGGAGGGUCAGAGGGGCCGGUUCCAGCCCAUGGGCCACUAUAUGAAUGUCUCUGUAAUAAGCUCAUUUGUAGGGCCGGCUCCAACUGCAGUAGCCAAAGAAAACCUGUCUAACUCGACAUUUUAGUUCCUGAGAGUUGGUAAAAGUUCAACUGAAGCUAAGGUAUAGACAUUAGCAGUAGCUAGGCAUCCAGAAGCUAGAGUCAACUAAAGCUAAUAGAGUUUCCACAGGAAACUUGGUGCUGAGCUGUUCAGAGCAAUUAUUUAUCUGAGUGUUGCCAACCCUUUAGCCACGCUUUCUUAGCUUUAUUCUAACUUUUAGAGACAUUUGUCCCUGUUCAUAGGCACAGCCUGUACCAAAGCUGUGGCUCACUGCACAGUUCAUUCUGCUCCCUGGUCAAGCAUAGCAACAUAGUCUAAAAAGGAAGAUGUGGGCUGGGGAGUUAGGAGACCUGGUUUCUAUUCCCUAUGCUUCUACUAACUAGCCUCGAGAUCUUAACCGCUCUGUGCCUCAGUGUUCCCAUCUGCAAAAUGGGGAUAGUGUUAAUUGCCCUACCUACCUCACAGGGUUGUUGUGAGGAUAAACUGAGACAAUGAAAGGAAAGUACUUUGACAAGUAAGUGCUAUGCAAAUUGUAAGAAAAGGAAACAAUCACGUUAAAGGCAAUGGAAUGGACUUUGGCAGAAAGGUUAAUGGGAUUGUCCAGCCCUUUCUCUGUGUGGCUUAAACCCAGGUCGCCAUUGCUUUAUACACUUUUCACUUAGCACAGAUUUGUAAUUAUGCAUGUAAUAAAG